ACCAGAGCAUACUACGCUAUACCAGAACAAUGCAGUCAAUUGAAGAAAAUGCUGUAUUUCACUAUGCUUUGACUGGAGACAUCGAAGGUCUACAAAAACAUUUGGAAAACGAGUGCCUUUCUGGCAAUGAAGAGCCACCAGAGGAUUUGUUCUGGGAAAAGGAUGAAAUGGGUAGAAAUGCACUUUUCAUUGCAUGUAUGCUGGGAAGAAGCACCACUGUGCGGGAACUUUUGAAGCAUGGAGCUCAUGUUAACGAGUGUACUGCAAGAGGUUAUUCCCCACUGCAUUGUGCAGCCCUCUGGGGCCAGCUUGAGACAGUGAAAACUUUGGUGGAACUUGGUGCUGACAUGCAGGCGAAGAACUUCCGCAGGGAGAGAGCCAUGGAAGUUGCCUCCCGUUAUUCUAAAAUGGAUUGUGCAGGAUAUCUUACUUGGGCAGAGGCUAAGCAGGACUUGCAGUCCUACAUAACACAUGUGAGAGACACCAUUGCUGACCCAGAGAAGGUUCAAGGGAAACUCAACAAGGAGGAUAAGAUCAUAUGUACAAACACCUGCUCAGUAAAGUCGGAUUGGAUCCAGAAUGCCAAGAACCCAUCUAUCCAAGACUUCAUUGAGCAGAGGAGACAUAUUGAGGACAUUAUUAUCCCCAUUCUGUCCAAGCUCACGACUCAACCUGAAGUCACAGCUAAAGCAAGCAAAAACUGAAGAUAAACAAUGUGUCACAAUCAAAUAUGCUCAAAGAGUCCAGAGAAGGUCUAAAACGGUUAAACUGACCAAAGUGGAAUUUAUCAACCA